AUGAACCUUCAUAGGAAGGACAAAUCAAAGAUCAAAGAGCAGCAACAAUUUUCUUCUUCUUCAAAUCAAACUACUCAUCAUCAACAAUUUUUAUUAGAGGGGAAUCUUGGUAGUAACAAUGAUAAUAAUAAUAAAGAGCUUUUGAAUGUGCCUCAUCAACCAGUUAUGGACGAUGAAACCAAUAAUAAUAAUGUUGUGAUGAUGAGGCAGUUACCACUCUUUUCAGAAUCAUCAUCAUCACCUCCUCCUCAUCAUCAUCUUCACCAGCAAGAGGAUCAAAUUUCUGGUCAACAAGGUCCCUCAUCAUCUUCAGAAUUAGACCUUGAACUAAGAUUAGGGCUUGAGCCUCCACAAGGAUCUAAUUCAUCAUCAGCUAGCUACUACUUCAAUCUAAUUUUGGUUAUUAUAAUAUUAACUUAG